AUACGGUCCAAUUUCAACCUUGUCUCCAUGAAAGCAAUAGUUUAAUGGCACCGCGGUCCCCAUACGGCCGUAAUCAGCAAAAUAGUUUUUUUUAACCCGGCACGAUAUUUCAUUAUAUCUUCCUUGGGUCACAAAUUUGUGAGCGGCGAAUUUGGAAGACUUGGAGGAGAUGAAUUACGAAUUCGAGCGAGAGACGGGUUUUAUCAAUAGUCAGCCGUCGCUCGCUGAGUGCCUGACAUCUUUUCCCCCUGUCGGUGAUGCAUUUCAAAGUUCAUCAAUCAAGAGCUCGACGCUUUCACACUCGACACUGAUUCCUCCUCCUUUUGAGCAGACCAUUCCAAGCCUGAACCCCGGCAGCCACCCUCGCCACAGCCGGCCCAAGCAGAACCCAAAUGGCUCAUGCCCGCUGCCUGCCGCAUCCUUACCCCCAGAGUACCCUUGGAUGAAGGAGAAAAAAGCAUCCAAGAAAAACCAGACAACUUCGACAGCAACAACCACCGACCCUGGUCCACUAUACUUCUCCCCUCAAGGCUCGCCCGAGAUUUCUGAUGGUGGCAACGGGGCAACUCGCCGACUCAGAACGGCGUACACUAACACUCAGCUGCUGGAGCUAGAGAAGGAGUUCCACUUCAACAAGUAUCUCUGCCGGCCGAGGCGCGUGGAAAUCGCCGCUCUGCUGGACCUCACGGAGCGGCAAGUCAAAGUUUGGUUUCAAAACCGGAGAAUGAAACACAAGCGGCAAACUCAGUGUAAAGAGAACCACCACGGCGAUGGGAAACCACCGAGCUUGGAGGAGGCAGGCGGACGGGGUGAUGGGAAAUCUUUUUUCGAACAAGUGGCAAACAAUGUAUCAGGGGCGCUUUUGGAAAGAGAGGGUUACCCAUUUCAGCAGAAUACCUUAACUUCUCAACAGUCACAGAAUGGACACAAUAGUGAUUCCCAAAGCGCAACUGUCUCGCCUUUAGGUAGCAAUGACAAACAUCUGAAACAUUUUCCCAACCCGUCACCCACUGUUCCUAUCUGCGCCUCAACAAUGGCCCCGGAUUGUGCAUCUGCUCAGGACAAUGGCAGUCCCUCGGCCCUGGACGUCUCUUUACAGGACUUCAACGUUUUCUCCAAUGAUUCCUGCUUACACCUCUCAGAUGCCGUGUCCCCAAGUUUGUCAGAAUCUGUAGACAGCCCCAUUGGUUUAUCUACGGAGGCCUUUGAUUUCUUCUCCGAGACGCUUACAACAAUCGACCUGCAACACUUGAGCUACUAACUCUAACUGAAGUUUCAUUAUAGGGACGUCAAUAUCUUUCUCACAUUGAUGGUCUGUGUGUUUAAUUGUGACUUUAAAAAUAGGCCUAGACCAUUAAUCAAUGAGGUAAGUUUUUCAAUAAUCGAGUGAUAAUUUUUGUUUACAAAGAAAAUAUGGCAGGAGAUAAAGUGAUAUUUUUCACGUUUUAUUUUUGUAUCGUUCGCCG